AUGGAUGAAGAUGGCGAAGGCGUAACCUUUGCAUCGAGCCCCACAGCCCUGCUCCUCGCUUCGCACGGUUCCACGUCAGCCCAGCAACUCCAAGAUCGCCUCAAGGCGUUGCUGACGCGGCUGGGGCACGUCGGACGGUCGGAUGCGGGUGACGCCGCCGCCUCGCUUCUCCUCGACGACGCCGCUUCCGCGCUCCUCGCGGCCGCACCCUCGCUUCUGCGCCAUCGCAAGCACUCGGUCCGACAGCUCGCCGGCGCGUGCUUCCACGAACUCGGCCGACUGUGCGCGCUGCCCAGGGACACCGACGACGACGUCGAUGAUGACAGGGCCGAGAGCAAUGACGAUGACCGCGCCGCCGCCGAGGGCGUGGGUCGCGAGAGCGGGGAGGGCGAGGUGUGCCAUAGUCCGCUGCUGCAGAGCGCUGCGGAUGGGGUCGACGACGGGGACGGCGAGAUCGUGGGCGCGCGGCGCCCGAUGCGGUUUCGCCGAGCCAAGGGACUGGGCAGCGACACAACCAAGCGAAAGCCGCCACCAGAUACCAUCAAUGAACCAGCAGACGAAAGGGACAAGGAGGUUGACGACGAUGACGACGAGCGCUUGGCCAGGCAGUUCGACGAUUACCCCAUUUCCGCCUCACUGGAAAGCGAGGUCCUUGAGCUGAUGAAGAAAAAGGAUUGGGCCAAGACUUCCCUCGGUGCCCCCAAGACAUGGCCCGCACCCCUGAAGAUUGCGUUCGAGUGCAUGAUGAGCUCUCGCUUUCCCAUGAGCCUGGCCUGGGGUGACGAUUUCCUGCGCUUCUACAACGACGCCUGCAUCACCUUGCUCGGCGACAAACACCCCGCUCAUUUGGGCACACCGGCGGCCGAGGCUUGGCCGGAGAUCUGGUACAUUAUUCAGCCGAUGCUGCAGCAGGUCCUCGCCACGGGUCGACCUACAUGGGUAACCAACAAGCUGCUGCCGAUGAAGCGAAAUGGCUUUGUCGAGGAGGUGUACCUCACGUGGUCGUUCAGCGCCAUCCGCGACCACGACGGUGUGCCUCGCGGUGUAAUGACCAUUUCGUUUGAGACCAGCUCCGACGUGAUCUCGAGCAGACAGAUCCAAGCACUGCAAGCGCUGGCGUCGCGUGGGCUUGAGGCCAGUACGUGCCAAGAAGUUCGCGAAACCGUGUUCGACAUCUUCGCCAAAGACUGCACGUAA